UUAUCAUCAAAGGAAACAUGGCUGCUCAAAAGAUACCAGACAGCAUGCAAGCCGCACAAGUCGUAGAGGUACACCUUCUCCUGAGAGUCCAUCUUCAAUCAUGUGCCGAAUUACAAAACGUUUUGCAUCGCCCAAGGAUGAAAGAAUCUCCAUACUCACCCAUUGAAUUUCAUCCGAUAACAUCUUCUAACUUCCGCAGUUCGAUAAACCGUAUAAAAUCAACACCGUCCCGGUGCCCACCGACCUCGCCCCAGAAGAUCUCCUUAUCCGCGUGGCCGUCGCAUCUCUCUGUCACACGGACUUCAUGGUCCAGCACGGCAUCAUGGGAACCAAGCUCCCCUGCACCGGCUCGCACGAAGGCUCCGGCACCGUUGUCGCCGUCGGCUCAUCAGUCAAGAAUUUCAAAGUCGGCGACCGCGUAAUGGGCGGGAUCAUCUACCACUCAUGUGGAACUUGCGGCGACUGUCGCGGCCCGGAAACGUCUACUCAAUACUGCACCAAUGCUGCUUACUGCGGCGUCAAAGGCGCGGAUGGGUAUUUCGCGGAGUAUGCGCGAAUCGACAGCCGAUGGGCUGCUAAGCUGCCUGACAAGGUGUCAUUUGAGACAGCUGCUCCGCUCGCUUGUGCAGGGUGCACGGUGUACAAGGGCGUUGUGCUUGCGGGGCUGAAGAAAGGAGAGUGGAUCGCGCUUGUGGGAUCAGGAGGCGGGUUGGGUCAUCUAGGCGUGCAAUUCGCAAAGGCGCUUGGACUGAAGGUCGUGGGUGUCGAUGCACGCGAUGAAGGUUUAGAAUUAACAAGGAAAGGAGGCGCAGAUCUUGUUGUGGAUGCGCGGAAAGGCGAUGAAGCAGCAGUCAAAGAGGUUAAGCACGUGACGAAUGGCGAGGGCGUGGCUGCUACAGUGAACGUCAGCGAUGCAAAAACUGCCGCUGCUACGAGCUGUGCCAUCACGCGAAUGCAUGGGACAGUAGUUCAGGUCGCUCAGCCCGACAACGUAACCAUUCCCUUCCAAGAGCUGAUCUUCAGAGACAUCCGGCUUCGCGGCUCCCUCAUUUGCUCGGCGCAAGAAGCCAACGACAUGCUGCAGCUUGUAAGCAAGCACAAUAUCUCCGUCAAUGCCAAUGCUUUCAAGGGACUCGGAGAUAUGGAGAAGCUUAUCGAGCUUGCAGAGAGCGGGAAGAUGAAAGGCAAGGGUAUUGUGAUCAUGGAUCAGUCGCAGAUUGACGCGGAGGGGAAGGGGGUGAUGUAACUGCGAGCCCCAUAGGCGUUUGCGUAUUGACGAUGGAACCAGAUUGAGAACAUUGCUGUGAUCUUGGUUUUUGUUGAAGUUGCGGCUCAGGUGCAUCGCUA